UCGUCGAAGCUCUCGGACGCUCUCACGUUCCGCUUGUUAUUUUUACGUUAUUUUCAAAGUUCGAAGGAUUGCUGCAAAUAGUUAAUAAAAAAUGAGUAAAUUUGCUUUACUGUUUUGUAACGUCUCUGUUUUCGCACAAGUGAAAAUUAAUCGAUAAGUGACGCAUGUCUGUUACACACAUCUAUCGUUCAAUUAAUUGACAAUUUAUAGAAUCGUAAAAAAAAAAAUGCGUGGUUCUUCUGCAUCAUUUUGCAAAACUGUGCUCUGCGUUAUUCUGAUAUCGGAGUAUUCCACCGCCGUUUUUGAGAAACACUGGCUUCCAGACCUGGAAUGGCAGACUGCGAGUAACUGGGCGGAUGGUCACAUUCCAGAAAUUGACAGUCAUGUAAUCUUUCCCGAGCAAACCCGACAUGCAGUGGGUAUUGCUGCAGCCAGUGAUCUCAGGCUGUCCGAAAUCGAUUUGCCCAGGCAAGGAUUACUGGCUCUGGCUAGAAACGGUCAAUUGCAGCUGAGCGAUUCGAGAGCGAACGCAAAAAUUAGUAGAUGGUCGAAGAAGGGCAAUCUCUUCUGGGCCGAUCCGGCGAACUGGAACGGCACUUCAAUAGCCGCUCCGCAUCUCGAGCGUGUCCCAUGUCGCCAGGACGACGUUGUUCUGCCGAGCGUGAAUCGCACUUUAAGUAUCCUUCUGCCUGUGAGAGAAAUAGAGGUAAAGUCGAUUCGGUUGUCGAACGAGCAGCAGCCAUUCACCGAAUGGGAAUGGGAGGACUUUCAGGAUCGUAGGGAGUUUUCCAGAGGUAGAUUCACCGUAAAAUACGCCGACCCUCAUUUAGCUACGCACGACUGUAGCUCGUGCUUUUGUCAGGGGGAUUCUCAAAGCGACUACCUCGAAGAGAUCUGCGCCAUUCAAAGACCGAGAUGUGGAUUUACGGGCUGCGAAUAUCCUCUUACGGUGGAAGGUCACUGCUGCUUGUACUGCGGCGGACGCGUUUACACCAGGGAGAAGCUCGCCUUGAUGACGGUACAAAUCGUGGCGGAUGAAGCUUUGGAAGGAUACGCGGGGAAAGUCGCCUGGCAUACCAGACGCGCCUGGGACGGAGGAGUUGAAAUCCUAAUAAAGGAGAAAGAUGACUAUUCCGGGAUUACGAUACAAGAAGCAGUAGAGAACCUGCGAGAAAUGUUGCAAAGGUCAGGAAUAGACGUGAUGAUCGCAGAAACGGCCGGUGCAGCUAUGAAAGAUUCUCGAUUGGCUGUUACACUUGGACCUUUCUUCGGGGCAGCCCUCGCCGUGAUUGCUCUUUUAUUGUCGGCCUUCCUCUAUUUCGGUUAUUCUCUAGAGAAUGUUCUCUCGGGAUGUAUGGAAGCUGUCUCAUCCGUCCGAGAUGGAAUUCGGGCGGACAAGCAGAAACACGGCUUCGCCCGUUUCGAGAACGUUCCUGAAGGCAACGUUCAAAUCGUUAACAAUCCCGGUAUGAGUGGACGAGAGGCCGACGGUAAUACCGAGAUAACACAAGUCGCAGGUGGCAGGUUUGAAAAUCCUCUAUAUAGAUCCAAGAGAAGCAAGGAAGAGCAUAAGAUUCUUGACAUCGAUGCACCUCUCAGUCUCACCAUUCUUAAAGGCAAGAUUGAUGAUCGACUGCAAGACGAAGAGAUGGACACUGAGGAAUGAGAGUGCAUUAUCAUUAUUUAAAUGUGUUAUAUUGAUUAAAAUAUAGAAUUCCAAUUGUAAACUUGGAUAGCCAAAUAUUAGCAAUGCUGACAAAUUGACAGAUUAAUGCAGUAGAUAUAAUUUUUAAUAUUUUCCUAUAAAGUUUCUCAAAGUAGAAGAUUUGAAAUGAGCGAAUUAAAUAUUAUUUUCUGGAUCAUAGAAAACAUAUAUUAAUAGUAAAUUUUUUAUUAAUAGAAACUA